AUGCAGGCAAGCACUAACGCGACACGAGGUCGAAUACUUCAGCAUAUACGCAAUUUGGCUCCGAAGACAAAGGAAGACGCGGAACUGAUCAAAGGCGUCACUACCCCUCACGACUUUUGGGCCAUGGUGUAUAACCGCUUUCCCAUCCCACGUAUGUGGGACAACUACUUGAAGCCAGGAAAAUCAGCCGCCUUCACGACGCUCGGCGCUAGUAUCUGGCACCUCAUCCUCGCGUGGCGGGACAUUGAGCGCGUUUGUUUCCCGGAUACGCAAGCUUCUACCUUCAUAGCUAUGCUCGACGUGAUCAUGAUGUGUUUCAACGGGAGAAUGGAACGAACUACGCGACAGUGGAAAGAGCUUCUGGCAAAGGUUGGCCUUGAAGUGGUGAAGGUGUGGACAUCGCCUGAAGAUGCUGCUGGUGGAGUUGUAGAGGCGAUUGUCAAGGAAUGA